AUGCAGCUUACCAGGCAGCAGGACAAGAGCCAGCGCGGCCAAGGCGGCCAGCACAUAAAUCGACCGCAUCGUGCCUGCCCAAACCGACACAAGCAGCCGUCAGGAUGUGUGUGCUCAAUGCGCAAGGGCGAUCCGCUGAUGGCGCACUACAUUGAAAGCCAUCCUGUACAUGCCAACGAAAAUUUGACCACCUUUUUUCCCAGCGCUGUUUGCUGCGACUGCGGCCACUGGUCCUUUAAUCGCGUCUGCGCCAAAAGGCAUCGCUCUAUGAAGCAUCGUGAUGCAAUAACGCAUCCCCCCAAGGAACACUCGCCCAACGGCGGCGAAGGAGCUGAUUCGGCUGCGCAGACCCUGGUGCAGCCUUUGGCGCGUGAAGAGCUCGAGGCAGGAGAAGACUCUGCCAAUAAUUUUUUUGCCGCCCUCUCAGCCAGUACCACCCAGACUGCUGUGGCCGUGCCGGAACCGCCGGCCGCUGGGACAACCUCCAACCUUGCCCUCGCCACUUUUACCUCCACUGCACCUGCCUCAGUCAACCCUGUUCCAGUCGCCUCUGCUUCAGUCGUCCCUCCCUCAGACAUUGCCGCUUCAAUCGCGUCAUCCACCGAUGCCCGCGUGACCUUGCUGCAAACCAACACCAACGCCUUCAACUGUCCAGAUGCUGAUGCCAUAGCAAAGACGCCCAAUCCCGACUUGACUACCAAUCUAAGCAGCGGUCUUUUGCUCGGUCCCACGGAAACGCACCACGCGCAGAACACCAAGCGUCAAAGCCCCUUGAGUCGCACGGCGGCAAGGCAGCGCAAAAAACAGGAGCUCUUGAGCCGUGACAAGUCCACCGUGCACCACGCCGUCUACGGCGGCAUCAGAGACAUCACAUGCAAGUACCGAGGCGCGAACACGAGAAGCCUCAAGCGCCGCUGCGGACCGUAG